UUUCCGACUUUUGGACGAGAGGGUGUCCCGGAAAUUAUCUUUUAUAACGUUAUAUCAGUGUUUUAAAAAUGUUACCCUUACUAUACACCUCGUGGUUACGUUAGAAUUAAAUUAGUGGUAUCAAGUGAAAUUAGAGCAUUUUUUUUGGAUUAUGAUGGAAGUUUUAUAAAUCAGAAAAUUAUCCGCUAAAAUUGAUACCACCAACAUGAAACCUACCUUGGUAGUCGACGAGAUGUUUCCUGAAGGGGCUGGGCCUUAUAUGGAAUUCGAUGAGGCAGGUGGCUCAGCUUCUUUACUCAAUGAUCUGACAGCCAACGAGAAAGCAGUUCAUGGAGACUUUUUUAACGAUUUCGAUGAUCUUUAUGACGACGAUGAUCUUCAAUAAAGAACAGAAUUAGUUGUCUUGUUAUUUAUUGUGUUCGUAUUAAGAUUUUUAGGUUUUUGUUGUUAAAUAUAUGGACACUUUAAACCUAUAAAAGAAAACAAUCUGCUUGCUCAUUAAUAAACUUUUAUUUUGUA